AUGGUACUCAAUAAGGAAGUGACAGAGCAUGAGUUGGAUUCAACUUCAUCAUCCGCUAUCAACAAUAACAAUAAUAACAAUAAUAUAAUGGAGAAUAGGAAUAGUUUAACAGUUGAUAUGAGUGCAUCACCUGAUGGUGAUCCACUACUCAAGCCUGUCAACAUAUAUUUCAACAUCAGCGGAUCACUAUCAGCCGCUGGUAGUGAAGCACCCAUCCCAACACCAGAUACACAAACACCAGCAACAACAGAGACAACCGACGACAAUGUGAUCAAUCAAAAGAACAAGGACAAGGACAAGGAUAGUACAUUGCAUGCCAGUGACAAUUACCAAAUACCAAUACCAAAGUUUGUAAAGAAGAAUGAACAAUUGCUAUCUGUGUACCAGAGAGUGGUUCCAAGGUUUCCACAGUCCAUAAAAGGAAGGAUCAAUCCAGUCACUUUGGUAUUCAAACAACGCAAUCACAACAACCAUAUCGAUGACGAUGAGCUUGGUGCACAACAACCACGACAAGAUUCAUGUGUAAUCAGAUGUUCCACAGCACAAUCAGCCAACAAUGCCAGGAAGACUCUACAACUCCAGUCUCACACCUCGCCUCACUCCAUAGACUCAAGUGAUCCAGUAUUGGAUGAGUUGAUCACUGAGGGCGAGUUUGAGAGAUAUUUCAACUUGGUAUCACAUUAUAAUAUAAGGAUAUUGGUUGUGGCAGCUUUGAUACUUCAGAUAUUGACAUCAGUGUUGAAUUAUAUGAAGGAGGGCAAUUAUGUGUUUGGACGCGACUUCCAUUAUACAUUCCAACUAGGUGUAACAGUCGUCUUGGUAUUCAUCCUAAUACCAUUUCCACUGGCCAUCUCAUACUCUGAAUGUGUCUACCUUCAAAUAUUACUUCUAACCAACAAUAUACCAAGAUUAAUAUAUAAGGACCCAUUCCCACUCUAUGAACCAUCAUACCAGAUGUUCUUGUGGCUCAAUUACUCGAUUCCAACUGCCAAAUUCUGGCGAUCAACUUUGACUGGCGCAAUUGGUAUUGUGGCAUUGGUGGCCAUCAGACUAGCAAAGGAUUUUAGACCGUUCAUCGAUGUGUUCUUGUCAAUGGGUGGAUCAUACUUGUUCUACCUCAUAUCAUCUGGAUUUGGAGCACGUCUAUUCGAGAUCAGUAACCGAUCGUUGUUUGUCGAGAUUGUCCAAUCGUUCCCGGCACUGCCCGCUCACAAAACCUACCAGGUCAUCCACAAGUUCUACCGCGGAUGCUCAAGUCGCAUCUCAUUGCGCUUCAAUGAUCGCGAGAUGGAGCGUCGCUUCAUCGAGUUCUACUCGUCCGAGUCAGUGAUCGAGUUGGGCAUGGUAUUGGCCUCUUGCGCCACAACCAUCUUCUACGCCAUGCAGGACUACAUCUUUAGCAGCCCAGACAAACUGUACAUAUUCCUCAUCCUACGAUUCGUCGUUGUGCUCCCUACCACGCUGGCCACGCUCUACUUCUCAAUCCUGCGCAAGACCCAUCCAUAUCGAGCUGACAUGUACUCUGUUGUGGCUUAUAUCAUAUUGGUGGCCGUACAAUGUAUCAUGUUCUCAUUGAUGCCAACUAGAGAAGGAGCCCUGUACUACUUUGGAGGUGUGAUGCGUGUGCUGUCAUUGGCUGUAUCACAGUUGUUCUUCCUAUACAUGCUGGUGUUGUUGCCAUUUGGUUGUGCAAUCCUGCCCCUGUCCAUCAUUGACAAGAACCGCUCAGCCAACACCAACUACAUACUCUUCUUUGUGAUCUUCAUCAAUGUCAUUGCACUCUACUCGUUGGUGCGUGAGAAGACACAACGACUCCGCUUCUUGGUACGCUACUAUGUGCAGGACAUGCUUACCUCUGAGACAGUCAGUGACCUGCUGGCAAAGGAAGUGGUUGGAGAUGACACUGAACAAGCAUCAACAACAACAAAGAAUAACAAUGCUGUCGACGGCAUUGAGAUGGCUACUGCUACACCUGGUCAAUUGGCUGACUCUGACGUAACACAAUCGAGUGUUGGAAUGCCAGAGCACAGCAGCGCACAAUCACUCUCCCUCACUUCUUCACAACAACAAAACAGAAGCAAGAGGAACCUGCUACACUAUUCACAACAGUCCAGCGAGAGUAACAAAAGCUUAGCUAGUAUACCUCCUGCCUAA